AUUUACAUAAACAAUGCUGAAAAAGGAACAGGCCUUUUUUAUUUAUUAAAAUUUAGAGAAUAACUUAAUUUGUAUAGUUUCUCACCAUUAAAUUAAUAGAUUCUAAUCUCCAGGAAGGAAUAUCCAUUCUGCCAUUGAAUUUACGGAUUUCUGCAGCCCUGGUUUGUUUGCGCGGCUCAAAUCUUUAGAUAUUUAUCAACAAAUGGCUCAAGUUAGAGGCUCCUGUCAAAGUUUCUGUCCCGAUGGAGAGUCGAAAAUGCGUAUUCGCGAGAAGCUCUUGCACUAUUUCGAGCUGAAGAAUGGGCAGAAGAAUACUCCCGGUAUCCUGGUCAAAGAGUUCACGCGUUCCGCCGCCGACGCAAAGAUGCCCCAAGCGAAGGACAUGCGUACGGAGCAAUCGCUGAUCAAAACAGUGGAGUAUCUGCUCAAGGAUAUAAUCCUGGAUAAUCGGAAGCCUUACAAUGUGGUCUACGACUUUAUCUUCGACCGCCUCCGAGCUGUGCGCCGGGAGAUUGUAAUCCAAAUGUUUGAUGCCCGCCGGACAAUUCGGCUGCUGGAGCCCAUUGUCAUGUUCCUGGCUUUUAGCCUCUAUAAGCUAAGCAUCGAGCCCAUAGAUAAGUUCGACCCAAAGAUAUGUAACCAGCACCUGCAGGAAUGCCUUACCGGUGUGCUCUGCUGCUACGAGGAUCUAGAUAGGCAAUCGUCGACGACCACUGAAAAACCAACGCUGCGGGAACUGGAACGGCGCUGCUUCAUCGAAGGCCUGUACCAAAUGUUCAAUCUGGGUUCCCCGCAGUCGUUUAUACGGGCUCUGACCUUGCCGGAACACGUGCGACAGGACGCCACCUUUCGCCUUUGUUUCGAAAUGUGCUUGUCCUAUCAACAAGGGAAUCUCUACAGGGUGGUCAUGGGCUUGCCCCAGCUGCCGCACAUUCUGUGUGCCGUGGCCUCCACCAAGUUGCAGGCAAUAAGGAGGAGUUUGCUGCAAAUUUUCACGCAUGCCUACAACAACAAACAGCUCACGGUGCCGGCUCCGUACUUGUUGCGUUUGCUGCUAAUCGAUUCGCCGGCGGGACUCCAGGAGCAGUGCCGGCAUUAUAAUAUUGCCCUAGCACCGGAUCGAAAGAGUGUCCUCUUUAAUAAGACUGAUUUUAGGCAAUCCGCAAUGACAUUGGGUUGUCGGCACGAGAGCUUCGUGGAGUCCAAGUUGGCCCGUGUCUAUUUGCCCGAAGUGCUGUUGAUGAAGAAGCUCUAACUGGGAAAUAUUUCAAUUCUUAAACAAAUAAUGUAAAUAUCGUGAAGAUG